AGGAAACAGGUUGUAGUUUUCCUGAUUCCUGUUUCUCUUAGAGAGUCGCGUUAAGCUUGCAAUAAAACGACUACAUUACCCAGCAUCCAGUGCGAAACGGGCGUUUUUUUCGUUCUACAUUUAAACGGUCUGACAGGAUGACAGGUUUAGUUAAUGGUUCAGUUGUGGACAACCAUGACCAAGCCAUAACUGAAGCUCUGGAGCAGUUCUGCAACUCCCCAGAGCAAACAUAUGAGCAGUUUCUGUCCACCUUUACGUACCUGACCCCAGAGAAUGUGAGGGAUCCACGAUUGACUGCUCCUAGAAGACAUGGAGAACCAUCCCAGAGAGAGAUGGACAGCAGCCGAGAGCGACCAAGAGAGAAUGAAGCGACAGAGAUGGAGGAUAGCGUAAACAGAAGGAUGGGACUAACAAAUAGUUGCUCACCGACUGCUGAUCAGGAAGAGGUGAUGUUGGAUGGCGGUUGUGUUGGAGGAAGACUGAGCGGCCCAUCAAGCUCUGCUCCAGACAGACCUGUGAAGUUUGAUAAUUAUCUGGGAGAUUCGGAAGAUGAAGAGGAAAAUGCCGACUCUACAGGCACAUGUACACUGCCAGGUGAGAUUGAAGAAGAUCUGAUAGCUGUCUCCUCUUCAUCGCACUGUCACCACACACUGCUGGAGACCUCCUUUACUUUCACAGAGCAGAGGACACACACUCCCUGUGCAGCUGAGAAUCAGGAUGAAAGCGAGGAGGUCAUUCCUUUCCAUCUGGAUGAGAACUUUGAUUACGAUAAUGUUGUGCUGUCUCGCAAACACGCCAUCCAGGAUCAGAACGGCAGACCAUCUUGAGCUGUAAAUGAAUGUAACUCUGGCGAAUGCUUUUAAAAACUCUGAUUUUAAAGAGUAAAGUCCUUGUAAACAUGAACUAGAGUAAAGUCAAGAGUAAAGUCCUUGUAAACAUGAACCAAAGAACUAGAAGGAAGACAGUGAGUGUUAAUUCUGCAGUUUGUAGAAUCUGUACUACUCUCAGUAAAGUAGUGUUAGUGUCUGUCUUCUCAAAGACAUGAUCAAAUUUAAUACACUCAGUCCAAUUUUACAUUUUACAGACAAUUAGAUGACCAUCACCAUGCUAGAAACUAGAAAAUAGGCAUGAAACGGUAGUCACAAUCCAUUUUUCUUCCAUAAACUGACUUCUGAAAGAAGACAAAAUCGCUCUGAAGUAAGAGAAAAUAGUCAAUCUUAAUAUUAUUUCGAAUGUAAAAGUCCUUUAAUUUGCAUAAACUGAACAAAUGUUGCAUAUUUGUCUUGUAGUUCAAAUGAAAUGUCAUUAUGAUUAUUAUUGUUGUUAUUAUUUUACAACUAACUAAGCUCAGACGCUUUCAUUUUUCUGACUCAACAGCUCAAAUAGGUGACCUGUGGCGUAAGUCUUUUUCUGAUGUACUUGGAAAAGUGAUUAAUUGCUCAUUUUGUCUUACUGUGUUUUAUUCACUGGAACAAAAUGCUCAGGGACGUUUUUUUCUGUUCUAUGUAAAAACCUCAUAAAAUGAAUAAAAGGCCAAAACAUGUUGGUCUUUGGAAAGAUUUGAUCCCCCAUUUUCUUGACUUGAUCGUUUAUUUUGACAUUUCAGAGAAUGUCCGUACGUACUGUAAAAAUCAUUUUCUAGCUGUUUCCCAGCAUGUUUCUUCAUAUAUUCUAUAGCACUACCUUCAUUUCCCACUUUUUUUUGUCCUUUUCUCUUGACCCAGAGUUUCUAAAGCAACAAAAAUAGUACUUUUCAACACUUUACUGUUCAUUUGCCUGUACUUAAACAUCAUAAUAGAAAUUUUCUUUUC